AUGAUCCUGAAGCUUGUUGUGUUGGCAAAGUGUUUUGCUUUAGACAUACUGAAUCUGGGCAGGCUCUUUGGAAUGUGUGAGAAUUCAAAUAGUUUUCCAGUUCCAACCUUUCUAGAUCCGAGAAUGCAAAAUAGAACCACACAUUUAAAUCUUACCCAAGAAAGCAGAAUAUUGACUUUGCUAUGGGAAAUGAGUACUCAAGGAAAUAAGCAACAUAUUGCCAGCAUUGUGAAACUAAACAAUGAAGUCAAUCGUUUUAUUAAAGUGGGGACAUUUAUUCAGCCUCUGCAACAUUCUUGUCUCUUCAGUUUCAAAUGCCUGGAGACAGGCCUUACAGUGGGACUCUCGGUGGUGAGAACAAGAUGUGUUUUCUGCCUUUAG